GCAGCACGCGACACACGCCGUCAUUCACCUUCGGACAAGCACAGCGCGCACCGCAUUUACCUUGUCUUAUUAAUACAAAGCAUAAUCUCUAAAACAAUGAAGUACUUUAUUGUUUUCAUAUCUAUGUGCAUGUUAUCAGCAGCAUCAAACCUGCGCGAGAGGCGGGAUAACUAUCCCAAUGGCACUGCAAUUAUUUGUGCUCCUCAAACCCCUUGCGGGUGGAAGGUAUACAACCCAGUGACUAAGGUGAUACAGAUCACAGUCAAUAAUACAUACUGUAUAUGCCGGGAAGGCUUGUCUUGCAACAUUGAGGGUAACAUCGAAGCGUCUAGUACGUACGUGAUGAAAUGCCGGGACCCAGUACCCGAAGUCGAAGGGGCGAAUGUUGAGACUAAUGAUGAAUAGGUCGUUGUAAAACACCUGGGAGCCAAGACAAUAUUUAUCGCAAACGUGACUCGCUUCCGUCGGUCAAUUUUUAUGAAAUCGUGAGAAGUAAUUUUUCAAUACCAUCUGUUCACGUCGCGACAGCGAGUGACGCCCGCGAAAAGAUUUGAGACUUGGCUAUCCUUUUUUUAAGUAUAAUCUGUACUAUUAGGUAUGACAUUUAGAUAUUUGCCGCCUGUGGUCAUUAGUUUAUAAGUAUGACGCGAAUAAGACGUCAAAUUUGGAAGCAGAAGUGAUGUAUUUGCCUUGUUUAUUAAAUAUGGUUUAACAUCAGUAAAAUUUAAUAAUCCUUGUUGUUUCGAUUUUCGAAAGUAGAUUUUAACAUCUUUAUCACUUCUGUUUUUAAAUAAGGUUUUAUGGAUUUGUAGCGUCAUUUAGAGAUGGCCGUCUUCUUAGAUUCAUGAAUGCUUUUAUAGUUUCGAUUAGUAUUCUUUGUCAGGAAUGAAAUAUUUUUUGAUAUUCGACAUUUUAUUAAAGUAUAUAGAAAUCAUAGAUAAUCAUUUUCAUGCAUUUUAAAAUAGAUCUGUUUACAGUUUUUAUCUGACAUAUCGACAUAAAUAGUGUAUUGUGUUAUCAUCUGAGAAGACAUACCAUGACCUUUAAGUUAGUAUUUCAUGUAACCUGUACAAGUACUUAUUAGUUCUUAAUUAUUGUCUGUGUGGUCCUUAUUCCAGAAUGAUUUAAUAUGGAGCCCUAUUCAAAAAAAAUACAACAGGUAUGGCGCACUAUCGCCAAUUCGAUUUGUAUGGAAUUGUCACAAUCACGUGGUUCACGCUUGGUGUGUGUCUAUUUCGUACAAAUUUAACUGGCAAUGGCGGGCCAUGCCUGUAGUAAAUUGAUGUUGUCUAGGGCAACUAUUUGAAAGACCGUCUUAAUCUUUGGAAUCUGACUUUGAGACCUCUUGACUUAGGGAUAAAAGACGGGUUUUGGAAUAUGUGACAAGUGUAGUACUUAUUACUGAUUGUGUAUGAAUCUAUUUUAUUUUUAAGACAUUUUUAUGUUCCUUUUUAUUAUGAAAUACGAUGGUAAUUCAGAUAAUUAAAUAAUAAUCACUUACUGUACGAGUAAGGACAGUUCAAAUAUUAAUAAUAAAUACAUUUAUAACUAA